CAUGAGACUUUAACAUUCGCUGAACAUUUUAUAUGAUUUUGAAGCUCAAUUCCCGUUUUUCCUAUAACUCAAGUCGAACCCCAAAACAGCGUACUAACAUAGAAAAGGAAUCCUGUAGAAGAAUAGAAACGAGAGAAUUAGGAAUUGGUUCAAAACGAGUACACAAACCAACCGAGUAGAUAUCGGGGAGGAGAUCGAGUGCAGCAGAAGAUGAGUAGUCUUCGAUCGGCUGGUUCUGGGCUGCCGAUGCUUUAUGUUUGGACUUUGGCCGAUACCGUGACGGGAGCGGAUGUUCAUCGCCUCUUCCGCGUGUGUGUCGCGAUUAGGACUGAGAUUCUCUGUGACUCCAUAAUUGGCCGCUAUGCCCUGGUUUCCUUUGCGAAGAAAGAACAUGCUGAUUUGGCAAUGAACAAGCUGGCCUCUGCUACCCUCCACGGAAGGCCUAUCCAAAUGAUGGAUUGUCAUCCAUGUACUAAAAUGACUGGGCUGGUUCCUGACACGUUGUUUGUGAGGAACUUGCCAGACAGGGCUGACAUUGAACUUUUGGAAUACCUAUUUUUCAAAUACGGAAAGAUUUGGUAUAUCAAUAUCCCAAGACGUCCUGAUGGUCAAUCAGCCGACUAUGGCUUUGUUCAAUUUGACAGUGAUGAACCUUGUCGAGCAGCUAUUGAGGAGAUGAAUGGCUAUGAAGCGCUUGGAGUGAGCCUGCGUGUGGACCCUUAUUAUCUAGACCCUGAGAAGAAAAUUUUUGGGCUGGACAGUGCAAAACCCUGUGAUGGUUAUUCACAAGAUGCAGCUGACGUGGUUUGUGCUGUUCGGAAUGUGCUUGCUCAACAGAUAAACACGGGUGCAAGCAAGGGAAAAUUGCUGCAGCAGAUUGCGAAAGUGGAUGCUGCUGGUGCGUCUACUGCUGGUGCGUCUACUGAUUGUGGGACAGAUGCAUUGCCGCCCAUGGGGAAUGUUUUGAUUGAAGAGCUUUCAAGCCAUGUUGCUGAUCGGUUGGCAUCAUUACCCUUGACUGAUAGCAUGUUUUCCUAAUGGCUUCCUGAGUGAGGGAAUGGUGUGGAUUAUUGCACUAAGAAACACUGUAAUUGGAGCUUUCUCAGUUGUUUAUAGUAGGACGUGCAUUGUUCUGUCAUGUUCUAGGAUUUUAAUAUUGGUUUUAUGGAUGGAUCCUGUUAUAUUAGAUGCUAUUUAAAAUAAUAUAUAAGUACUUUAUAACUUUUAGUGAA